GAAGCAAGAUGGCCGAYGGAGAUUAUGAAAGCAUAUUGUGCGUWAAAAAUGAAAUUAAUAUCUAYAAAAUUCCGCCACGAACCACCAGCAGAGGCUACAGAGCUGCAGACUGGAAUCUACAAACUCCAGACUGGACCGGGAGAAUGAGGAUUUGUUCAAAAGGAAAACUGUGUUAUAUUAAAAUUGAAGAUAAAACUUCUGGUGAGUUAUUUGCYAAGUGUAACGUUGAUAAUUAUCCUGGUCUUGCUGUGGAGGGAGUGCUGGACAGUAGUCGAUAUUUUGUUCUCAAGAUUGAGGAUGAUAGUGGGCGACAUGCAUUCAUUGGCAUGGGAUUUGCUGACAGAGGAGAUUCCUUUGAUUUUAAUGUCGCUUUACAGGAUCACUUUAAGUGGGUGAAAAAGAGUGCGCAACUUGAAGAAGAAAAAUCUCACCCUCAACCUGAACAACCCAAGCUGGACUUGGCAUUCAAACAGGGACAGACAAUUCAUAUUAAUAUCGGAAAUAAACAAUCUACAGGUCGCCCCAAACCUGCAGGUGGACCAACUGGUGCCUUUCCACCACCCCCAGGGGGUGUAGCUCCAAAACUAGCUCCUCCCCCAGGGUCCAGUGGUUCAGCAUCUCCAUUAUCUCAAAGACGGAUUCACCAAACUCAACCAACUCAGCCUGCUGCCACAGCUUCUAGUGCAUUUUUUUCCGACUUUGCUGAUUUUGCUCCACCGCRUACACAACCACAAGCACCCCAACCAUCUAGUGGUGCUGAUUGGGGGGAUUUCACCUCUGCUUCAUCUUCACAAAGCUCAAACAAUGGUGGAUGGGUGCAGUUUUGAAGAAUAGUAAUUAUCAUACAAAAAUAUUAAGAUCAAUUWAAUGGAACAAUAUCUUUAAUCAGUGGAGAGAUGAGGUAUAAAAAAGUAAUGUUUCAUCAUUUUUAAGUACAAAAUUACUUAAAUAUUUUCAAACCAGAACUCAAACAUUAUUCUAGAAAAGAGUAUUCUCUAUGGUGACAAUAAUUUUUCUUAGCAACGGUAAYGAGAGGAGUCUAUUUACAAACUUGUACAAAAGUAGUUUAUCUGUUUUCAAUAGUAAUGAUUGUGAAAAAAGUCCRUGUAAUAUAGUGAGUACGCUUUGUCUGAUUGGCCCCUUGAUACUACACUUUGAUUGGUUAAUACCACAGACAUUGACGUAAAUAUUUUGUUUCGGGURUUGUGAUUGGAUUAAAUUUUUCGCGCCAAAACUCCUUACACGUGCGCGCGUGCGUUCGUUUAAUUUGCGCACGCCUCGAAGUAUAAACCUAAAUGAAAUAACUGAAUAUUUCUGGAAUAUUGUAAAUCAGUUAAUUAAUUCAUAUAAUGAGACAUAAUGACUAAAUUUAAAUAAAUAAGUUAAAUUUUAAAUSAAUUGUUCUUAUUUGUCAAUAAAAUGCGUCGAUAUUUUA